GAGAAGACAAGUGAACUGAAAAGAAAAGAAAAGAAAAAGGAAAAGAAAAGAGAAGUGGUUGAAAUGUCAGAAGAGGCAGAGCUUCACACAUCAGACGGAAAUGGAAACUCAGCCGGGCCGCAGGAGGCAGCAGGUCAGGCCGAGCUGAGCAACAACGAAGAGCAACACAGAGUGUCGCCUCAGGAAACAGAGCAUGAAGAUGAUGAUGGAAACGCAACCGUAACUGACCCGGGGGAGGUCCAGAAUGUGGGGAUGGAGAUUGAGCGCCCAGCCCAGCGGAAGCUCUUCCUGGGUGGCUACAGGAACCGGCAGACGGGGACAGAGUACCACCAUGCCGCCGUGCAGACUCUGCCCAGGAGGAGGCCAGACAGAGGCGUGGCCGUCGUCAGCCGAGACACUCAGGCAGACAGUGGAGGUGAAGUCUCAGGCCCAGGACUGUCCCAUCAGCACCUCCACACAGACGGCUGUGAUCGGCUGCUACAUUUCCUGUCUUAAUGACAAGCUGGUUGCCCCCGGCAACUACACCACCGCUGACCAGUAUCAUGACAGGAGGCUGAGAGCUGUGAUCCGGCUGCAGACGCAUGUGCGGCGCUGGCUGGCCCAGAGGGCGGUGCAGCGGCUGAGGGACGAGCGGGAGCGGCGGCUGGCCUGGCUGGAGCGAGCAGAGAGGAGGAGGAGGGAGGAGAAGGAGGAGCAGCUGAGAGACGAGUGCCGCCGCUGGAGCAAACCUCAGAGUGCCGAGGACUUCACCCUGCUGUACCACGCCCUGGAGAGGUGGAGGUGUGAGGAGCAGCCGAGUAUUGACUCCUCCCUGUGUGGGGCGGAGAGGAAGGCAGCUCUGUGCGCGCUGCUGGAGCAGGAGACGCAGCUGAUCGCCUCCAUUGGACAGCAUCGCAUUGCUGCCCAGGACACCAACCACGACAAGGCGGUCAGCCGCUUGCUGGACAAGUGUGCGGCUCCUAAGCGGUGGACGGGUGCAGACGGCCGGGUGACAGAGAUGGACACCCAGCAGACCAUCAGGGCCAGAGAGCUCAGAGACCUGUACAGCCGAGUCAGCCUGUCCCCCUGCAGCCAGGAGGAGCGGCUCGACGUCCUGACCGCACUCAAACACAUCGUCAUGGAGCAUGACUGCCAGCUGACCCGGGACAUUGUGGAGUUGAUUGACAGGGAGGCGGACCUCAUGAGAAUGGACGUGAAGGCGACCAGACUGGAGGGGCUGAGGAAGAGGAUCUGCACGCUCUUCCUCCAGUACAUCAAGACUCCCAGCUUUAACCCCGCGGUGGCCAAGCUGCUCAAGGUUCCCCAAAAUUCCUCGGAGCUGAGGAGUUUCUUGUGCAGCGGCUGCGGGCGACACCGGCGGCCCGCUGACUUCAGCCCGCUGGCCGACGCCCACGUGGUCCGCCGCUGCCGUGCCUGCACCGAGCUGGAGAACAUCACACGCCACCAGCACAACUUCUCCCGCUACAAGAACAUCCUGAAGAGGCUGAGAGCCGACGAGCAGCAGUUCAACAAGGACGCUAAGAUCCCCUUCCUGCUGCAGGAGCAGGACGUGCGCCACCUGGUGGACAUGGUGUGGGGCUCCCGGUCGGCCCUGAACGGCUGCAGCGACCUGCACAGCCUGGUGUUUGUCCGCUGGGACCGCCGGAGCGACUGGAGCCCCUGGAACUGCAUCCUGCUGUCCAAGGAGGAGACGCCGGUGCACCUGGAGGUGGAGGACGUCCACCAGGCGUACGGCACGGUGUUUGUCAGCAGUGUGAAACACAAACACAUUCUGGCCCAAAGGUACUUCAGCAAGAUCCCCGCCCUGGCUGAGUAUCUGGACAACAUGGAGGCUCAGUCUGCCGCCCCGGGCAACCGUGUCGUCACCAAGCCUGUCACCACGGCGAUAGGCAAGCAUCCUGCCGGCCCCACAUAGAGCUCAGCUCAUUAAGUACGACCCUGAUGGUACAUCUCUUCUCUGUUUUCUGCCCCCGCCUGACUCUUUUCACUUUUUCUUUCUUCUCAUUUCCCCUUUCUUUCUCUUUCUCUCUCUCUCUCUCUCUCUCUCUCUCACUCUCUCCUUCCU